AUGCAACUGACCCUCUUCAUUGUUAUUGUUACCUUUACACAUUUGUCUUGUGAGGAACGAUCGGAAUACAUCCCGGAUGUCCAUGAGCAGUUGGAGUACUUGCCACGAGAUUGUAGAGACAAUCUAAUAAAUCAAGCAGAGUACAAAUGUAUGCAAUCAUACAGCCACAAGCUUAUAGAGAUUAAAGAUUGCCAAGUUAAAUGUGGAAGCGCAGACGAAACCACUGGUAUGAAGUUAACAAGUAGCCAAAUGUUUCGUAUGAAGGAUGGCACCCCUUGUGGUCACAGUAGGGUAUGCAUAGGGGGACAGUGCGUCGACACAUGCCAAAUGACCUUCGUAUAA